CUUGAAUUGACAGUUUGCCAUCAACACCCAAUUUAACCAAAUGCCACAGAGGUAUAAUAAUAAAACAUGUUUUUACAAGUAGUCUGAAGAGUAAACCUUUGACAUGUGGAGAUUAGUUCAGUUGUGCACAAGUUUAGCUGACUCUGUUGCUCAGGGAUUGAUCGUUGAAAAUGGCAAAUAUUUAUACGAAGUGACAAUGGUUUGUUUGGGUCCACACCCCCAUCUACAGCACCCCUCCCUCCUUCCCCACAAGGGGUUUUAAGCAUUCGCAGCCCAUCCAGUGAAUGCCAAUGUGAUGCUGGAACCCCAACUACACAGCACACAGGUCUUGCUGUUGGCUCACUCUCACACUGCCAAGGUGGUGACUCUCACAGAACACAGGAACACUGGAGCAUUCAAUCAAAGCAACACUGCAUUCUGCACUUUCACCCAAGAAUGGAGCAGAGUGACAGCAUGGCACAGAAAGAGAAGCUCCAAUGUCUGAAGGAUUUUCACAAGGACACCCUGAAACCCUCACCUGGGAAGAGCCCAGGCACCAGGCCCGAAGACGAAGCGGAGGGGAAGCCCCCGCAGCGGGAGAAGUGGGCGAGCAAGCUCGACUUUGUCCUGUCGGUUGCUGGCGGCUUUGUAGGUUUAGGGAACGUUUGGCGUUUUCCAUACCUCUGCUAUAAGAAUGGCGGAGGUGCAUUUCUCAUCCCGUACUUCAUCUUCCUGUUUGGUGGAGGUCUACCCGUCUUUUUCCUGGAGGUGGCUCUUGGGCAGUUCACCUCUGAAGGUGGAAUUACCUGCUGGGAAAAGCUUUGCCCCAUCUUUACCGGUAUCGGCUACGCUUCUAUCGUGAUCGUCUCCCUUCUGAACGUGUACUACAUCGUGAUCCUGGCCUGGGGACUGUAUUACCUGUUCCAGUGCUUUCAGCCUGAGCUGCCGUGGGCCAAGUGCAAGCAGAGCUGGAACACCGAAAACUGCGUCGAGGACACCGUCCGCAAGAACAAGAGCCUCUGGCUGGCAUCCAACAUCACCAACUUCACCUCGCCUGUCACUGAGUUCUGGGAACGCAAUGUCCUCAGCAUCUCCAGUGGCAUUGAGGAAGUUGGCUCGCUCAAGUGGGAUCUUGCUCUGUGUCUCCUGGCUGUCUGGGUCAUCUGCUUCUUCUGCAUCUGGAAAGGAGUCAAGUCCACAGGGAAAGUCGUCUACAUCACUGCAACCUUCCCCUUUGUCAUGCUGAUCGUCCUGUUGGUCCGUGGCGUGACUCUGCCAGGUGCGGCCGAAGGGAUCAAGUUCUAUCUGUACCCGGACGUGUCCCGCCUGAAAGACCCCGAGGUUUGGAUAGAUGCGGGCACUCAGAUUUUCUUCUCAUAUGCAAUCUGUCUGGGGGCAAUGACAUCACUGGGGAGCUACAACAAGUACAAAUACAACUGCUACAGGGACUGUUUGCUGCUGGGAGGCCUGAACAGCGGUACCAGUUUUGUGUCUGGCUUCGCAAUAUUUUCCGUCCUGGGCUUCAUGGCACAAGAGCAAGGGGUGGACAUUGCCGAUGUGGCAGAGUCAGGUCCUGGCUUGGCCUUCAUUGCCUACCCUAAAGCUGUGUCCAUGAUGCCGCUGCCUACAUUCUGGGCCAUUCUGUUUUUCAUCAUGCUUCUGCUCUUGGGUCUCGACAGUCAGUUUGUCGAAGUGGAAGGACAGAUCACAUCCCUGGUUGAUCUGUAUCCAUCCUUCCUAAGGAAGGGUUAUCGGCGGGAAAUCUUUAUAGCUAUAGUGUGUGUCGUGAGCUAUCUUCUGGGACUUACCAUGGUUACUAAAGGUGGCAUGUAUGUGUUUCAACUCUUUGACUACUAUGCAGCCAGUGGUGUGUGCCUUUUGUGGGUUGCAUUCUUUGAAUGUAUUGCUGUAGCCUGGGUUUAUGGCGUUGAUAAUUUCUAUGAUGCGAUUGAAGACAUGAUUGGCUACAGACCAAAUCCCUGGAUGAAAUGGAGCUGGACUGUAAUCACGCCUGUCCUUUGUAUGGGUUGCUUUAUCUUCUCCUUGGUCAAAUACAAACCAUUGACGUACAACAAGAUUUACGAGUACCCUGACUGGUCUAUUGGUGUUGGCUGGACUCUUGCCCUGGCCUCCAUGAUUUGUAUCCCCAUGGUGGUGGUCAUUAAGAUCAUACAGUCUGAUGGGCCUCUGAUAGAGCGGAUCAAGGCAGUGGCUGCUCCGGUAAGGGGGGGUGCAAGCUCUCGCCCCACAGACCACCGCCCCAAGGGCAAUGAGCUGGCGUACCCUCUGGACCCCAACGGGAACAACGGCUUGAUAAAGCCCACCCACACUAUUGUAGAAACGAUGAUGUGAGCGCUCUCUAUGAGAGGAUUAAAAUGACCUGCUUUCCAUGUUAUAUAUUCGCUAACUUUGAAAUAGUCGUAGGACCAGGUUUACAUUGCUACGUGUCUGCACUAGGAGUCUUCUUUUUUUUGUUUUCUACAGAGGAAGUUACAUAUGGUUUUUCUGUCUGUGUUUUUACUAUUUUUUAUUAUAAUAUUGUUAUUAUUACUAUUACUACUACUACUAUUAUUGCUGUAGCUAGAAGGAAGUUUUAUCUCAGACACAUAAGGCAGUAUCUUAAAAUAGACUGAAAUGUUCUAUUUUUUACUUCCUUUCUGUAGAUAGUGGAAUAUAAGUGGUCUGUUGUUUUAUUUGGGGAGGACUGAAAAACAAAAAAAGGGCCAUAUUUAACAGUAAGAACUAAAUGUGUAUCGUGUUUGAAAGUAACACUUCGAUAUGUGGGUGUAUUCAGAAAAUAAGCCCCUUCUCCUCUUCAAUCAUGUCUUUAUGUUACUGUGGAGGUGCCCUUGUAUGGUAAGGUUAUUUUACUCUGUUGUUGUUGAUGUUCGUUGUGAAAUACAGCUGAAUGUACCUCAGCCAGUGCAGAUGCCAGGCCCCACGCUUCUCUGGUGCUGCUGGGGUAUAGGUCUCCCUGUUAUGUACUGUACAGUGACAACACCAUUAGUGUAAAUGCUGGCGUGAAGGACACUACUGCUUUCCAUCCCAGUGCAUUUGUGUUUUACUCAAACUUUUUUUGCACUCUACGCAGUGAGAUACCCUGUAUUUUAAGUGUUUUCCUUCUUGUACUGCUGGCUCUUAAGAGCUGUCCAGCAAAUUUGAAGCACACAACAGCACACUAUCGUGAUACACUCUUACCAUCUAGCUCUCUCCAUCUGUCCACUGAAUGACAGGAGAAGCUCUGGCAUUAUUGAGACUAAUGACAUCAAUGCAGAACAUCUCUCUCACCACAGAAAUGUGAGCAGUCUAAAAGCUCAUUCAAUUGAAUGUUCCCCUGGUAACUAUUGGUCAGAAUAUUGGGUUUAUUUUAAAAUUCUAAUGCAAUUUACCAAAUUGCUAAAAUGAUCAUCUCCCCCUCACCUAAUAACACUGUCCCAGCCCUCAUAUUUCAACUUCACUUUUAAAUCCACUAGCUUUUUAAAAAGAGUAACAUAAAUGCAUUUUUAAUAGUUAAAUGGAUUGUAAAAAAACACAAUAGUAAGAGCCACAGCACAAUUAAAUGCUUUAUAUACACAAGAGGCAUUCUAACCAAGGAAUGUGAAAUUAAUCUUCCCCAACUGUCAUUUAAAUU